AGUCCCAGACGAGAUUCAAUCAGUCAAGAGAAAAUACAGUUUUCAUAAUAUUUCAUUUCAACUAAUAUACGAUUUCAGUUGAUAGACAGUUACACUUGGCUUCCGUCUCAAUGGUAUAACCAUGAAAGACAUAGGAAACCCAGGAAAGGAGCCACCUGAAGACCAUUCCUCCAGGCGCCGCGAGGAUUGGCCUCGUGAGUCGGAGCCAAGGUUACAUUUCCCGCUUGUAACCCAACGGGACAUCGUCCCUGUGGCAGAUAGUCGUGUGACGCUCACGCCACACGAGCCCAGCCGCUUCCCGACACUUCACGGAACAGUCUCGCUGACCUCCACCGCAGCCACACUCCACCCAAGGCUUCAGGUGACAAAGUCCACCGCGCCUCAUGGAAGGUUGCCUCUGGCCAGGAACGGGGUGACUCAGAGGGAACUGCGAGCAGCAGUUGGGCCGAUGGGCCGGGCACCUGGAGGAGACCCUAGGAGCAUCGCGGCAGCUGGUCAGUCCGCACACAUGAUGCAGGCCGGCCCCUCUGGGAGUGGAUUGGACCUGACGGGCUCUGCAGGCCCGAGGCCACUCAGACCACUGCCUCCUGCAGACACGAGGCCCAGGGAGCCCAGCAGACCCACGCAGCCGAGAGCAAGCAGGCGCCGCAACAAAACAAUGCAGGGUGAGGCGGUCCAUGCAGAAGAGCCGUCCCGAGUUGUUCGCCUGGAACCAGUUCCACCACCACAGUCUCCGGCAGCACCUAGCGACAUCGGGAGGCGCCCAGGAAGACGCCGAGCAAAGCACAAUCGUGACUCUCCGGCUGAUACGUAUGUGUCAGCAAACACAAAUGAAUGCGUUUGCUUCGCUGCUGGUGACAGCAUUAGCACCAAUUGGAGUGAGUACCAGGAAAGGACCAGGCCACGGACGGCACCACGACUUCCUCCAUUCGAGCGAUCUCCACUGGCCCCGAGGCCACGUCUUCUACCCAGGAGGCCACAAAUGGAGCCCAGACGCCUCAGUAGCACUGUUGACCAAUCCACCACACUCCCUCCACUGAGUCAGAAUGCAUCUAUGGUCUGUAACAUCAGUGAUCAACAGCAGAUGAGGGAGGUCCAGCAGGCAACAGCCUGGGAUCAGGAGCCGCCACGCAUGAUCCUGUCCGCCUUGAGAGAGACGCAGCAGCAAGCAUCCGUCAGCCUCCACGGCCGUGGGAGUAACGUAGCCGCUUCCUCUAGGACCCAGAGGGACCCUGGGUAUGAGCAGGACGUGCACAGCGUCAUCCCCGAGCACGCAGUUCCACUGGAGACUUUGCAAAGCGACGCCAGAGAACGCAGACGCACGUGCAGACCACCGCACAGGCGCCGGAGACGCCUCACACUCGCCUUGCCGAUGGCCCGCAACUUCCGUCUCAGAACCCGCAAGCCCAUGUCCACUCACAGAGUGGUCCUUGGAUGAGCGCCGCGGCGCUGUGUGUCUGCGGGGACUUGGACUCAGACAGUCAGUCAGAGGAGGAUCCAUUUGUCAACUUCCAGUCCCCAAUUCACUCACCAUCAGUUGGACACACGGGUACACAUGAUGCUACUAAUAUCAGCACAACCAUUAGAAUGAUCCAAGCAUAACAGAAGGGAUGGCAUUUGAUUUUCCACCAUAUCAACAUCAGAGGCCACAAACUCAAUCGAUACAACAAGGCAUGAAUCUGCAUUCUAGGAGCACACUGGUCCUCUAGGUUUGGCCAGAGGAUGAUAGAAAUGGAGCUGUGUGUCGGCGGGGAUUUGGAUGUAGACAGUAAUCUGCUUCUCUUUCACAGUCGAGGGGUCCAUCUCUCUACUUCCGGUCCCCAACUACUCAACAUCAACUGGACACACAGGCAAACUUAGUCGCUACUUUGACCAGCGCAAUGAUUUGAAGGACCCUGCGUAAGAAGACAAGAGGUGGCACAUUUUAGGGGUUUCAUCAACAUCACAAGCCACACCAUCUAUGCUCAUCUAUUACUGCAUACUGGAUGACAGGAAAGGAAAUGUGUGUCAGUGGGGACUUGGGUUUAGACAGUCAGAGGAUCCCUCUGUCCAUUUCCGAUCCCCGUUUACGCAACAUCAACUGGGGACACAGAGACAUGCCGCUAGUACUAAAGCCAGCGCAAUGAUAUGAAGGACCCGCCCUGCAUAGCAGGCGAAGAGGUGGCACUUUUUUGCUAUGUCAUCAACAUUGGACAUGACUCUGAGCACACAAAGAGCACACUACCCCUCUAGGAUGAUAGAAUGUGUGUCAGCGGGGACUUGGGUUUGGACAGCUGAGGGGUCUAUUUGUCUACUUCCAGUCCCCAAUUACUCAACAUCAACUGGACACACGGGCAAGCUUGGCGCUACUCUCAGUUCACCAGCGCAUUGAUAUGAAGGACCCACCCUGCGUAUCAGGGGAAAAAGAGGUGGCACAUUUUGGCUUUCUCAUCAGAAGCUACAUCACCUAUGGCACCUAUGUGCCCACCACCCCUCCAGGAUAACAACAGAAGGAAAUGUGUGUCAGUGGGGACUUGGGUUUGGACAGUUGAGGGACCCAUCUGUCUACUCCCAGUCCCCAUGAACUCACCAUCAACUGGACACCAGGCACACCCAACACCACAAAAUAUCAGGGCAUAGAGAAGAAGGAUUCCAGCACGGAAUCAGAAGAGCUGGAACUUUUUGCCUAUUACUUAAACCACAUCAGGACCGAACACAUCAAUCAUACAUAACAGGUCUCUGUAAGUGAGGACUGAGAACCCACCCCCUGGCUACAAGUCCAGCAGGUGAAAAGGAAUGGAAUUGUGUGUCAGUGGGGAGUUCAGGUAAGAUCCAGAAAGUGUGUGCUGGACCACUAAUACUUGCCUGAACACAGUGUAACACCUGUACAGUAUGUGUUUCUCUUUUACAGCCUAGGUUCCAUCCAUCUGUUUCCACUCCCCAUUCAAUCAACAUCAACUGGACACACAUGAGAAUAGUCUCAAAGAUAAGGAUCUAAAUAAGGAAGAACUUAAGAAGACAUCUCUUUCAGACAGGAUUUGAGAUGGUAUAUGCAAAGUUGACACAGCUAUAUUUUUUACUCAAACUUCAACCCAAUUUUUGCCUCAAGACUCAGGCAAAGACUCAGGCAAGACUCAGAUCUCAUUGCUGUAAACUGUCACCCAUCAUGAAGCUUUUCACGGCCUUCCUCCCUGUUUUACCCUGCCUUUAUUGAUCUCCCUCUAACUUUCACUCAUUCUGCAAUAAAAUAAACAUUUUAAAGUU